CUCUACUCGAUGGCCGGUGUAGGGUUGGGGUGUUGAUUGAACGUCUGCGGGGCUCUGCUGGAGUCUGUCUUCCUAGGGUUAUGGUACAGAAGACCCGGAAGAGUAAGCAGGAACAUGGGUCUGCCUUUAAAGGCUGCCCAAAAGACCAGGCCUUACUAGAGCAGCCUACUGACUUAACUGAGCCACUUGCUCCUAAUUCUGAGGGUUCUUCAGAGGCAAAGGAGAAGGAACAAAACAAGUGGCUUUUCUCUGAAAGAAGGAAACGGACAAGCUGUGGGAAAUGUGUAUCAGUAGUGCUGGACUACAAAGCAGAGAUAAACUUUGCUGUGGACACAAACCUGAAGGAAGAUGAGAACUUGGUAGAAGAUAGUUGUUCAAAAAAAGCUGCCCAGAGUAUGGGGAAACAGCAACAUUGUGCUGCUUCUAAAACUACUUUGCAAAAAAAAUUUGCAUCGUGCCUUAGGUUGAAAAGGCGUAGCUCUUUGUCAGAGCCUCAGGAGGAAGGACAAGCCUUGCAGCAAAACUAUAAACGCUGUUCCCUGGAACUGGCCCAAACAAAAUCCUGUGAGGAUUUACAAGCUCUAAAACAAGACAGAUGUUUAUUGGAAAAUGUAGGGUGUCUAAAAGACAGGAAAAAGUUCAGAAGCAUAGCAAAAGAGGGGAGGCAUAGGAUGGUAACUAGAGCCUUACUGAAAUCAAAGAUAUGUAAAAAUGAUAGCGAUAAGCUAGACUGGAAGCAGGAAAAGUCUGUUGCUAUGGAGAUUCCUUGGUACAGGAUAAGGACCCUAGAAAAGCAAAUGGCUAGGGGACAGAUAGUGGAUUCUGCACCUACAGAAGGUCAGUUAAUUGCCAGGGUAACAGGCUGUAGUGAGAAAUGUGGGAAAGAUGAAAUUGUGCCUGAACUAAAAAUAAAGAUCAAAUCAUCUAGAGAGCAGAAAACAGAAGUUUCAGAUAUUCAUUGUGAAAAGCUGCCAGAGAUUGAUCUAAACGCCUCUCAAAAUUGCAAUAUACCGAAACUGCUAGUAGAGUCCACAUGUCUUCAGAUAACUAAAUUAGAUGAAACUGAACACAAGGAGCCUGUAAGAUGUUGUCUUGGAAGAGAGGCUGCAAUACCUUGUGAUGAGAGUUCUUUACCUGUUACAAACUCUAAAUGUUCACAACUUUGGGAUAUAAAAAUAAGUGGAAAUAAAGUGGAAAAGGACACACUGGUAGUGUACCAAGAUGACAAACUCAGAUAUCUUACUAAGCUAAAUGACUUUCCUUGCAGAGUAAGAAAGAACCCAGUAGUGACGUUGCUUGACUGCAGUUACAUAAAGGCACUGUUAAAUCCUACAAGUAACCAAACAUUUCAAAAUUAUAAACUUCAUUGUAAAUGCCUGCAUGUUGCAGAGAGUCAGAGGAAGGAUCUGUCUCCUAACCAAGGUAUGGAACAGAAUGAUUUGAAUCAUAGCUCUAACAUAGUUCAAGCUAGACAAUCAUUCUUUCAGACAAACAUAUUGAUUGGAAAAGGAAUGUGCCAAAACAGGAAGAUGUCUCAAAGAUGUCAAAAUGGAAAGAAACGAUUUAGUAAAUGGUGUCUGAAAAACAGUAAAAAGGUUAAAAUGACUGAGGACCUGAAAAGAUCAACAAUCCAGGAAGUUCUUUCAAACAUGGAGCUCUACAAUGAAUACAGAAUACAAAUAGAUGAAAAUGCCAUUGCAGAUCCUUCAGUAAUUACAGAAGAACUUAAGUAUAAUAAAUCUGUUUCCUUACCUUCUUUAGAUGUGCCUGAUUUCCUUCUAAAGAGAGAUGCUCAAGAACAUCCAAAUGAACUUGUUACCUUAUCUGGUAAUAAACAAAAGAGCAUUUCACACUUUGCCUCGUACAAUGCAAGUGACUUUGAGAACUCGGAUCUUCAGAAGGAAAAUUAUGUUACUGAGUCAAAGACCAUGGAACCACACACAGACUUCAGUGACUUUGAGAAGUCAGAGCUUCAUAAGGAAAAUGAUACUCCUGAGUCAGAGACUGUAGAACCACACACAAACUUCAGUAGAGCAAAGGAUGAUUAUGAACAAAUCACUAACUGCAGCAAUAAUAUCGUUGGCUACAUGCAAAGCGAAAAAGCAGCACCCAAAGGAAAAACAGUUAGUAAAACUGGGAAGAUACUAGAGUUCAGCUGUCAAAGAAUAGUGCCAUUUUCAGGUAAAAAUAUUUGGCCUCGUGAAUCAUGUGCAAGGACCUCCUUGUGGUUUUGUAAAGAUCAUGUGUCUGGCUCAGAAUUUUUAACAGGUACUGAUUCUUUUGCUAACACUGUCCAAAUGGAGCUACAUAAACUGUUGGUAGAUACUAGCACAGUGCCUGCAAAUAAGGAGGUGGAUUGUGAAACAGAUCAUUCUAUCAAAAGCCCAGCUCCAGAAUCCCAACCUGAUAUACCCAAAACUUUCUCAGAUGUUGGAAAUAAGAAUGGUAUUUCCUCUACAGAUAUGGAAAGGCCUAAACAUUGCCCAUCUAGGAUGACUAAAAAUGCAAAGAAAUACAAAAUGUCUUCAAAUUCACCUGCGAAAGAUACUAAAAAUGAAGAAAGCAUGGUGAGAAGAAAUAUUUCUACAGGCAUGUUUGCAGACCGUAGUAAAAAUAAGACAAAGUCAUUGGUUUCUAAACAAGAGACUGCAAUUCCACAAGUACUAAAAACAUUAAGCAUGGGGGAUCUGUCAAAAUAUAGAAUACCUCUACUUAAGGACAAGAGUGUAUUGAGAAAGGAAAGAAAUUGUAAUUCUCAGAGCAUUAUAGAUUUAAGCGCUGCUUCUGUAAAGAAAGACAGAAGUAAGAGGGUUUCAUCUGAGUUUGAACAUCUGUUCCACUCCGAACAGAUUAAUGGCAUUUCUAUGGCUGCAGUGGAAGAACAUGCAGACCAAUUUGACAGUAGUGUUUCUGGAAGCUUUCCUAGGGAGAAUAGUGUUUGUAAUAAAGAUCUGACAACUUUUCUUGAGAGUGAUGUAGAAUCGUCAACUUUGAAAGAUAUUUCUAACUCUUUGAGUAUUGGAUGUACAAAGAAACCAACUGAGAUCCCUGUGUCAUCAGAAGUUAAUGAAAAUAAUUGGAGCAAUACCUUGGCUCAGGGCAAGGAUAAGUUCUGUGCAGAUGUUCUUAAGGCAUAUGAAGAUGAUGCUCUUGUGAUAGAUGUAAUUCAGGAUGAUCCUGAUUUGUUUGGAAAUACUGAUGAAUUGGAAGCCACAGGUUCAAAGGAGCAUGUUAAUGACAAAUACUGUAGCAUCACCACUUUAUCAGGAAAUAAACUGGAAAAACCACUUCCAAGAAGCAACCUCGCAAAAUUUAGGCCUAAAGAGAGUCCCAUUCAAGUGCAUGACACACUGAGGCUUACCACAGAUGGCUCUGCUUCAUUGCCAGAAGGUGAUAAAACUAAAUCAUAUUUUUUCAGCAGAAAAGGUACAACAGAGUUGUCUUUUAAAGAUGGACAGUUGACUGAAUUGGAGGAUCUUAGCAGGUGUUCUGAUUUGGAUGUAAAGAACAAUUUUUCAGAAGAAAUUACUGCUGUAAAAGAAAAAGCAGAUGUUUUGGAAGCUGAGAAAAUUGAGAAUACUGAACAUCAGCAUGUGAACCUUGAUAAGCAUGAGUUUCCACUUCCUUCUGUGAAAGCAGUUGUUUCCCAGCGGCAAGGUACAGUAGUAAAGCCAUGGAUGAAUGAUUUCAGAUUCUCCUGGAAGGGUCCUCUUGUGCCUUCAACAUAUCUCAACAGCUGUGGAUCUUUGCAAGUAGAGAAGAACACAGGCACUUGUUUUGGGCUGAUUCUACCCCACAGGUAUUGCCGGUUACAUUUCAAUUCAUUGAAUGGCUGUGGGAGACCAAAGUGCUGGUAUGCACAUGUUCCAGAAGCUGGGGAUGCAAAGCUUUGCAGUGAAAUAAUUAAGAAAUAUAUAAGUAUUGGUGAAAUAGUUCUUCUGAAACGAGCAGUCCAGAUAUUCACAGAUUACUAUAAAGACGUUACUCGUGGGUUGCAGUUGGAUUUACAAAUGCUGAAUGACUUGCUAAUAUCUUUGCUCCAGUGCUGUUGGUUGAAAGAAUUAUUUCAUGUACUCCACACUUGCCUACUGAUUAAAGUUCAGCCUACUAUAGAUGUUCUUCUCAAAGUGUUUGAACAUGUGGCUUCCCUGAAAUUAAAAGAAGUAGUGCCUGAGUUAAUUGAUAUCUCUUCUAAGUUUAUUGAUGGUGGAAUGGUUCUUGACUAUGAGCAUUUGGGCUAUAUCACAAAGUUCCUUAACCAACUGCAAGUUUCCAGUCAAGAAAUAACUACUUUUAUGUCCCGAUUUCAGACAAGACAUUUCUACAAGCCUGGCAUUUGUGACUUCAGUUCAGCAGUAGCAGAAUUUCAGCAUUGUAAAGAAAAAGGAGACUGGGCAAAACUGGGGGUUGUGUACAUUCAUGUGAGGAGAGGGUGUGAAAACUUUGAUGAUCUUGAAAAGUAUUCACUGUUUGUUGCUGACAUCCUAAUCAGUGCUGUGAAGGAGGACAGACCAGGAGUUCCUUUUUGUGAAUUUGCAGCUGCAGUAAAUGCGGAGCCAAGGCAUAAUGAAGCAGACAAAGCGUUAUUGGGAAGGAUUGGUAUCAGUGUUUUAUAUGCGUACUAUAAAAUACAUCAAUGGCUAAAGGCCAGGAAGGUACUGGACAUAUUUCAUGCUUUACAGAUACAUUUCACAUAUUUGAAAGGGCUUAUUGGUCCAGAGCAAUCUGCACCACGAUGUGAAAUUGUCAAUGUUGCUGUGGAGGUCUUUCUCAACAGCGGGAGCCUAGAUGGGGCAGUAUGGAUUCUGAAAGAAUCAGAAUGGGUGAUCAACACACUGUCAUGGCCUUGUGACAGAAUGGAUGUGCUGAAUAGGCAUAACCUGCUGUGUAAAAUCGCAUCUGAAUAUAUUACUAAAAACCGUUACAGAGAAGCAUUUGAAGUCUUGCGAAAUCUACCAGGCUUUCAGAAUUCUUGUGGUAGUCUGGAUGUAUCCCAGUACAGUCUUCUGUUUAACAAACUUUUAGGAGCUAGUUCAGAAAGCAAAAGCCUUGCAAUAUCUUCAGCUGUAAUAGAUUUUAUGCUUGCAAAGAACAUCCCUGUUGACUUUCAGUUACUUAGAGCAUUUAUCACAGCACUGGGAAGAAGUAGUCUUUGGCUUAAAGCAAGGACAUAUUAUAAAAGUGCUUUAGCACUGGGUUGCUACCCACCACUGGAAGGAAAUCUGUACCGUAAGCUUCUCCUGAUUCCAUCUUACAUAACAGAGAUUGAGAUGCUGUUAGCGAUUGAAGUCUUUUUGGUUUCAAAUGCUAGUAGUAUACAAAGUCCUGGUGCUUCUAAUCAGAUUCUUCAAAUAGUAUUAAAAAGAUGUGAAGGCAACAGUGUACGAAACAAAGAUGACUAUCAAAGUGCCGUGGAAAGACUAAUUCAAGCCACCCAAUUAGCUACGCCAAAGCUUUUCUUAAAGCAUUUGACUGUAAACGUUAACCAGGAGCAAGUUUAUAGUUUGGAACAUGCAUGGGUACUUAAAUGGUUGAAAGAAAAUAUGAAAUGGGCAGGGAAAGUUUGGCUUUUUCAGUAGUCAUUGAUGUCAAAACUUCAGUUAAAGUGAAUUGUUCAGCAUAAUGAAUAAAUAUUUUGUUGUGUUCAGA